UGGCUCAGGCACAGCCGCGUCUUUGUUUCUGGACGCCGACAAACCCGUCUGACCAAAUGUUUGUCGUUAUCGUGCUGCCGUGCAGCUCAUGUCGCUCAGCAGUGACUUUUCACAACGGGAAUGUAAAUGUGUCAUCACUUGACACAUGUAAGAAAGAAAACAUCUGAGGAGCAGAACGGGGAAGUCCAAAACAAACACAGAAGAACGUGACCAUUGUUUUUUUCUUCGAUGACCUACUUUAAAGUCUGUUUUCCCACAGUCCUUCAGGACAUUUGACCAUUUUGUCUUUAGAGCAUUUAGAAAAUAAGUCAGAAAACUAUUAAGAUUACAUAGACUUUAUGGAAUAGUAAUAAAGUCUUAGAAAGUAAAACUAACUUUUCCAAGUCCCCCACUUAGAAAAACUAGUUCCGUUUUAACUGCUAACGCCACAAGUCGCGGAAGACUCUCAGAUAAACGUGAUAAGAAGCUCUGUUUGUGUUUGAUUAGAAACUCGACCAACCGGUGGAAACGGUUUCUGCAUGAACAGAUAGAACCACGGGGCUCGUAACAGUUCUUCUCCCUCAGCGCGGGCAGUUUAGUGCAUUGCUUUUAUUCGUACCGGUGUGUUCCAGUGGGUUAGGCCUGUUUUCCACUAUUGUCUCAAGACCCACCCACCUCAGACACUCGAGGCAAAUAUGGUCGGGAGUCCCCGAGCACAAAGAGCCCCCUCCUCGGAUCCGCUCGCCCUCAAACGCCACGCGACUGCGUGAACUGACGCUAAAACCCCGAAGAAGCAGGAUUCCACAAACGGAAGCGGUGCGAGGUGGACGCGCGCGCCAUGGCUUCCACUCCAUCCGCCUCGGCCCUGAGCGCCGUUCUCCGGUGCCGGGGGAACGUUUGGACCAGGAACACGCCGAGCAAGAGGCCUGCGACCGCCGGCUACAGCCUCGGACUGGGCGUCGGGACGCAGCGCGACGCGCAGCCCGAGCGCGCGCGGUCGAGCCAGACCUCGGCGAAGGCGGCUUCGCUGCGCGGGGAGCGCGUGAGGGGACGGCUGCUCGUGGCGCACACGUCCCCCCGCGUGGACGGCGGGGCGCUGCGGGACGAAGACGUCGCGGGCGUUAAGAAGUCGCUUUACCCAAAACUUUGGCGACUCCCUGCACGCGCGCAGGCGGCGCGCGGACUGACACCUGAGCUGCGUGGCGCGGGCACGUGCUCCAAAAUAACUCACUUUAUUCAACGCGAGACUCGUCGUGAGAGCUGUGCACGUGCCCGGCACCCCAGUGGAGCCGCGGCGGGCGUUUUGAAGGUGUCCGUCGCGUCCCCAGUGGCGCUGGAAGACGCUGCGCACGUACUCGACGCGCUGAGGAGCGCCUGCGUCUCUGUCGCCGCUCUGGUGUCGCAGCUGAUGCUGUGGAAGCUCCGCGGCAGCACGAAUGCACGCGCUGCACAUCUGCUUUGCCAAGAGGAGGAGAGACGCAGCGUCGCCCUGGCAAACGGACACAGUUGUGCUGACCUCACCUCCACCCAGCGCGACCCCAGCUGUGCACUAAAGAUCACAGAGGACAGGCCUGACUGAGGGAGAGUCCAAGGCCUCGGCGCCGAAAAUACACAUUGUAAUCUGAUGUUAUUUAUUGACUUUUACUUGACUUUUGCAAUAAAGGACCCACUUUUGUUCUUCAA